AUGUUUGGUAAUGGGCACUGCAUAAGAAGGCACAUAAACUCUGAAUUCGGUUUCAGAGCAAAUCCAGGUCGCUUAUUCCGUUCAAUCCAGGUUUUAUAUCAUUCAUCGACUGAUUCCGAUAAGGAUGCAUUGCCUUACGAAUGGUACGAAAGGAAGCUCCCAGUUCUGACAAAACUAAGCCGUGCAUUGAAAGACGUCGAUUUAGUCGAUGGGAAGCUCGAGGACAUCAAUGGCGGCAUUAUCUACGAUGAUUGUAUUAAACAGAAAAUGCAGGCUUUCAAGUCUCUGGCUAGAAUCUUCAUUGGGUCUCCUUCAAUUCAGAAGAAGAUCAGAGAACAGAAACGCUUAAAGUUCCCAGUUUUUGGGACUGAAAGCGAAAGAGAACCCUUUGUGGUGAAUUCAUUGACCAAAGUUAGCAACUUUCUUAACAUUUCAGCGCAACAGAGGAAGCUAGUGAGGUGCACUGUUUGUUCACAGGUCACACAGUAUCGUAUAUGGAGAGGUGCUCUUGAAGAUUUACUGAAUGGUCUCAAAGAAGAAGUUGAUUGGUUAGUUGAACAUAGUGAGACGAGACAAGGUACUAAGUUGGGUCAGCAAGUGAUACUGUCUUGUCUCAAAUUAUUGUCUGAAUCAUCAGUUUCAUAUGAAGCUGAGAACUCAACUUCAUGGAUGCGACCUGUUCCAGCUAGAUACGCAAAAGCAAAUGCUUCUGCGAAAUGGGAAGAUGUUCUUGACAUGGUGAAUGAUCUGAGAAGGUAUCUUGAACAUGAUGAAGGAACCAAAGUACUUUACCAUCUGGAAAAGCUUGUAUCGAUGAAAGAAGGGCUUCUACAAGUGAAAGAUGUGUUUUUGGACAACACUAUUGGAUUCAGAGAGGUUAGACAUCAAGAGUAUCUUGUGCAGAAAAAGCUUACAAAGACGUUAGGCAAUCCUUCGCCGUGUUUGUUCAUUCUCCUCAUGUAUUUCCUCUACGGCCGUGUCCGUGACAUCGAAGUUGAUCUCUGUGGAGGGUUUUACAAGGAGAAGAGGGAGUUCUUGUGCUUAAGCAUGGGGAGGAUCUUGACCUCAGCGGAUGAGAAAAUGUUGGAGAGAGGAAUCAAGCAGUUAGAUAGAGCUUUAGGGCUCUUUGAGUUUGUGUGGGAAACAGCAGGAAUGAAAGAAACACUCAACCUGCAAGGGCAUUUGUGGUGCCUUGGAGCCGAAGAACGGUCCAUUACAUAUCGUGGGAAAACGUUCUUCCUUCAUGACCUUUAG